GUGUUGGGAUGGUUCGACCCAGAAGGAACUGCGAAGACCAGAGAGGGACAGAAGGCCGGCAAGGAAGGGCCGGAUACCAGUAUGGCAGGCGAGGCCAGUAGCUCCGAAGGCGGCCUUAGGAAAAUAGUAUCAUCCCUUACGCGAGCACUGAAUAAAAACCAAGGCUACCUAGCGGACGCUAAGAAAAACUUGACGUUCGAUGGGGCGAACAUCACGGAGUUCCUGAUCGAUUAUGAGAACCUAGCUGCGCUGUUGAAAUGGACCGAAGAAGAAAAGAUGGACAACCUGGGGCAGCAUGUGUCUUUGAGCUUGGGACGGGACAUAAUGGCCAUCGUAGCCGCAAGCCGAUCCUGGAAGGAAACCCGGGAUGUGAUGAUGAGAAAAUAUCUGGCAGCAGAGAAGAUGGCGACGGAGGCCGAUUUAGCGGCAGUCCAGAGGAAGAACUUCGCAACGUACAAUGACUUCCUACAGGAGUUUACUUUGGUAGCACUAAGGAUCCCCGGGGUUACGGACCGAAUAAUGAGUGAGUACUUCCUCAGGCAGUUCUCCGAGUUCGACAAGGACAAGAUCCUGUCGGCUUACCAACAGACGAGCAAAUUCGUAAACACUAGGGACAUUGAUUUCAGUACGGUAACGGAUCUGGCCGAGAAGAUGGUAGUGACUGAGACAUUGGCCUUGCUUCAGGAAGGGGAGGUCAUAGAUCUGACCGGUAGGACAAGCGACAAGGCGCAAGUAUCCCGGCCCGCCCUCCCUCCCCAGGAAGCCGUAGUUCCGCCAGGUGUAGCCAAUCGAGGGUUUGGACGGAGGGAUCCUGCUAACGAGCAGUGUAGGUACUGCACCGCGAUGGGACAUUAUGUGCGCGCAUGUCCAAAACUCAACCAUGAUAUAUUAAAAAGGAGAUGUACCAGGUCGUUAAAGGGAGAGAUACUCGGACCGCAGGGAGAACGGGUGAAUUGGAACUCGCCAGGGGGGAUGCGACGGGCCGUUAUCAUGCUCAAUGGGCUAGAGAUAGCAGCCGUAGAAGCUGAGCCGGUGGUCGAAAUCAUCUGGGAUCAACUUCGGGGCCGCGGGCCGCAGGUCAACUUCAUUUUGGAAAACGACGGACGUGAUAGGGUGAACGCGACUACUCGGCUAGGGACGGCUGGGAGAAGGAUUAUCCGUGACACCGUGAUGGAGGAGGUUGCUGGGAGUUCCGUACCCCAGGCAGAACCUGAGGCCGGGGAACCGGAGAAAGUCUAUGGGAAGCCUAGGGAAGAGGAACCCACAGACAAAGUUGCCGCCGCCAAAAAGAAGUUUAGGUAUCAGAUUCCGAUCUUAAGCAUACCAGAGGUCGAUGACACCCUUAGCAAAUUGCUAGGGACCAUGGUGUCGGUGUCAUUUCACACCAUGCUGCAGGCCAACCCUAGGUUGCUCAAAGGUCUUAGACAACUGUUGACUCGGCGACGAGUAGAGAUAGACGAAAACCCCGAAGCACCGAAAAAAGAAAGGGAGGAGGAAGCCCCGCAAGAGGUCGCUAACCUUCGGAGGAGUAGCGGGGAUUUAGAGGAUCUUGAGAAAGCCUUUGCAGACAUCCGUUUGAGCUUGCCCGACCGAGAGGGCGGCGAGGUCAUGAGGGCACCACCCGGGACAAAGCUUAGCUUUCAUGCACUGCCCGUAGGGAAGCUGAAAAUCCAGAUCGGGACUCAUUAUACCGACGCAUUAGUAGACGGGGGAGCGGAAAUCACUCUCAUAAGGAGGGAUUUCACAACAAUCACAGGUUGUACAGUAAAUAAGGAAGUAACAGGGAGCAUCCGGGGAAAUCCCGUUCGCAGGUCGGAUCUGGCGAAGACGGACAAGAUAUCGCAGUGGCCAACAACCCUGCGCACGACGACGGAGGUGAGAGCUUUCUUCGGCGUGGUCGACUUUUGGAGGAAUUUCAUUAAAAAUUUUGCCAAGAUUGCUGAGCCUAUCUGGGCCAUGAUUAGAGAAGAGGGGACCAUGGACUGGACGGAAGAGCAAGAAGGAGCCGUCCAAACGUUUAAGGACAUAUUGACCUCUGAGAAAGUCGCCUUGUCCGCACCUUGUUUUAAUGACGAAGUGGGACGACCUUUCAUCCUAGAGACGGAUGGGGGACCUUUGGCCGUAGGGGGAGUACUGAUUCAACAGGAUGAGGAAGGAAAGGAGAGGCCGCUUAGGUUCGAAAGUAGAACCCUGAACUCCGCAGAGCGGCGGUACUCACAAUUCAAGAAGGAGGUCCUAGCCAUCUUGCACUGCCUUAAGACCUUUCAGGCCUACCUAUUUGGGAGGAGGUUCACCCUUAGGAUCGAUCCGACAAAUGUCGCAGGGGCCCUAAAGAAUUACAGGCCUAUAGAUCCGACGGUGGGGAGAUGGGUAGAAUUUAUCUGGCGGUUCGAUUACAAAAUCGAACGGAUUGCGGGAAUUAGGAACAAGGUUGAUGGACUGAGUCGGGUCUGCAUCACUCCCGACAGGGUGGAGGAUGCAAAACCCGUAGACGCAUUCCUCGAAUACGAAGGAGGAACUCUUGCGGUGGAUAACGAAAUGAUGGGCGAAGAAUGCGCGUCGGAAGAACUAUUGAUCCGGACUUUGGAGAAGGGGGUGCCUGCCAUAGUGGCGGAACUUAGAGAAGGACCAGUCACCACUCGGGGCCGUAAAGAGGAGAGAGAUUCAUGGGGAGCGAUAGUAGGGCCGAGGGAGGAAUUAAUAACAAUGGCGGUUGAGGGAGGCCGGGAAGCUGUGAUGAACUUAGUGGAAUCCUGGGAGAGGAAAGAGCUGCGAUGGAUGGUAAACCAGAUGCAGGAAAGAAAGAAUGAGGACCAGGAAGGGAAGGAGUUUUUCUACGCUCAGUUGGACGUUAUCCAGGCAAUGCACGACGGAUUAGCAGGAGGACAUCGGUCGUCCAAAGGAACUCUUGCAAAAAUAGCGCCACUUUAUUAUUGGCCAGGCAUGGCAAGCAUGGUUGCCAUAUACUUCCAGACAUGCCUUAUCUGCCAGGAACGAAGCUCGGCAUGUGUCUUUGAGCCGCUUAGACCUACGCGGGUGCUAGGGUCGGGACAUCUCGUCCACCUUGACCUUGCGGUCAUGCCUGUAUCAACAGAUGGGUACAAGUAUAUUUUAGAUGCACGAGAAAACUUGAGUGGGUUCGUGGAGGCGGUCGCUCUCAAGAAAAAGACAGGGAGAAGAGUAGCGGACUGGAUAAAAGACUUCUACUUGAGGCAUCCUUUCGUCAGGAGAUUUGUAGAGGACAAUGGGACAGAGUUUGUAAACCAAGAAGUAUUGGGAAUGCUUAAGAGACUCUGCAUACCGAUCAAACUCAUCGAGCCAUAUCACCCAAAAGCCAAUGCACUUGUGGAAAGAGGCCACCGGACCUUAAAGAACACGAUUGCGAAGCUCACGGCGGAUCAUCUGGGAAGUUGGCUGAGGUAUCUCAAGCAGACUGUCUUCUCAGAGAACAUGAUACCUAAGAGGACAACGGGAUGUAUCCCAGCGGAACUUUGGUACGUUAGGGAGAUCGACUUUCCCGUUGAGGCCUUGAUACAUACCUGGAACAUGUUAGAUGAUGAUCCACGAAUGACCACGAAAGAGUUAAUCGAGGCAAGAUAUCAACAAGUCCUUAAGAACGAAGAAGUCAUGGAAGACAUCGCCAACCGGGUACUAGACAGCAGAAUGAGGGACAAAGCAAGGUGGGACCAGGUUAAGAAUCUCAGAAAGGAGCCACUUCAAGUGGGGGAGAUGGUAUUGCUAAGGAAUUCCGCACUAGAAAGUACUUGGUCUGGACAACUGGGGAGGAGGUUCAAAGGCCCCUACCGGAUUGCCAAGCGGGUGGGACUGAACACCUUCGAACUGGAAGAUUUGGAUGGAACUGGAUUGAAAGGGCCCUUCCCGAGGCAACGUUUGGUCAGGUUUCUAAGUCGGGACCCGGUGGAACAAUGGCUGCAGGAGGCCGGAGAUAAGGAAACUGAGGGACAACAAGUUAAGGACUGGCAACGGUCAUGCCUGCACUAUGGUUCAAUCUCUGACUGCGCUCGUGGGACUGUCAUUUUCCUUUUGGGGUUGGGGCAAUGGGUUGGACUGACUGAGGUUGAAAGGCAGCAUGACUUGGGAUUUUGCGAUAACGGGUUUGUGUAACGACGGGAAGGAUUGGUGGGGCCAUUGUAUCAUAGUUUUUGACGGGGAAACAAUGGGAUCAUCUCAAACGGCGCAUUUGCAUACAAGGGAGUGGGGGGAAAUGCAUAAAAGGGGGGGCAUGAUGCGAAGGAUACUGAGAGCAUUCUGGGGAAAAGGGGAGUUGUCUACCGGACUGGGGGAACGGGUGUAUGAGGGGCAUUGCGGGUGUUGUUUUGUUAUACAGGACUUAGAAGAAAAACGAGAAAAAGCAAGAAUGAAAUUCGGCAACGAGA